AUCCAGCUCUGUCUGAUCUGUCUUGAAACUGAAGGUUUCAUUGUACACAGGGUUGGCAGUUCCCAGAAGAGAUGCUGUCUUUUUACUUUUGACGAAUUUAUUAUGGUUCAUUAGUGAGACUUUGACAUACACACCUUUAGAGAAAAAGAAAUUCAAGACUAAAAGACAUCUUCAAGAAGCAGUUGGGAGAUGGCUUAAGGAAUUUCUUCCUUUUGGGAGUCAAUAUCAAGCAUAACAUCAGAUUGUGAAAGAUUCUUGUAACACACAUGACAGCAUGACAUAAAGCAGGGAGCCUAUAAAGUACUGAGGGUGCAGUUUUGAAGUGCACUUUCCAAUUUAAGUGCUGUUAAAAUAAGCAGCCAUAUUCUUAGCCUGCAUCCUUGAUCUUAUGUUUCUGUGCUUUCCCUUCAUCUGAUGGAGACUUUUUUGAAGGCUUAAUUUGUUCAGUCAAAAAAAACUUCAUAGUGAUGUGUGUAUAUAGAGGACUAAACUUAUUUUCUUUUUAAAUGAUAGGUGUAUUUUGCAUUUAUAUUGUUUACUUCAAAGCCCUGCAAGAAAUCACUACAGACUGAAAUACAAGUUUGGUUCUUCAUCUGUUUUUGCUUUUGAGUGUUGGAUUUUAAAGAGCAUUUUGAGGAUGUAUCUAUUUCCUUGCCUCUUCUGCUCUUAGUAAUUGAAGAGAUAAGCAAAUAACAAAAGUUCUUAUGUAAUGACCUCCUAAUUCAUGUGACUUUUUCUAAGCAUUUGGGUACUCCCUUCACAACAGCUAUGGAUCUGCAUCUGGAACCUUGUACAGAUCUGGGUUAAUGGUCCCUACAACAUAAGCUCCAGCUGCAAGAAAAGGCAAAGCAAGCACCCUCAGAUUAGCCUCAAGAACCACUGCCGGCAUUUUUAUAACCACUGCUGUGUUUGGGUGAAUCCAGUCUCGCCCAUGCAGUGUUGGUGGAAUGAUAAAUGGAACACUUCUGGACCUGCACAAGACAACAGCACCUAUUGACUCUUCUGGUUUAAAGCUGGAAACCAAACUUGAUGAGAGUAGAUUGAUGAGCUUUUCAUAAGAAAAGAGGCGGCAAAAUUUUUUCCAGAGCAGAUACGCAGUUAUUCCAAGGAGAACAAACAAAAGGAUCCCUCCUAUUAUACCUCCAGCCACAGCAACUGCUUGUUCUGUUCAAACAUAAAAGCACACAAAACAUCAUAGGAAGAUUAAAGUUAAGUAUAUUUUGCGUGUAGACAGGAAUAUUGAAGCUAACAAACACCAUUCCAAAAUUAUUUUUAAAUGAAGCAUGCAGCUCACAUGCACAUUUUUGUUUGGUUAUAGCAUGGUGCAGCACCUGAAGACACAUGACAAUGGCAGUGACAGAUUACAGCGUUCAGAAGCACUGGCAGUUACUGCAAUAGGAGACACUACAGACAUAAAAAAACCCCAAAUGCCAAAGAAUUGUUCAGGCUCUUGUUUUGUGUUAGCAUUUACCUUAGCAUGGCAGAAGUGCUAGAGCUUGCAUAAUGGAAGAAAAAACCCUGGAGCACCUAAUAUGAAAGGUACCAUUAUUUUGGUUUGGUUUGUUCUUCCAACUAUUCAUCUAUGUUGACUUGAAUCUAGACCCUGGCACAAGGAACAAAGUAAAGCUAUGGGUUGUUUUCUUUCUAAGGAUGCAUGUGUUUCCUGAUCUGUGAAGUCAAAGUUAAAUAUCCAUUAAACACAGUUUCCGGAAUCAAAGAUCUUCCACUCUGCAGCUAUGGGAGACAGCUCAGGAGCAGCUGAGUACUGGAUGCUGACAGUUCUCAAGGUCUCCCCUGAAACUGAAGUAGUGAAGUGACCUGGCAUUUUCUUACAACUGAUCUCUCUUUUUUGCCAUGUCAUCUGACAGCCACCAGCUCCACACCCAUUGCUACCAGGACUCACUAAGUUCUACUUGUCACAGUCUCUUGAAUGUCAACAGUCACCUCCUGUCCAAGAGCUCCUCAAAUCUGGCCUGUAUUGGGCACUCGAGGAGUUUAGAGGAAAGGCAAAACAAACAGGAGCUGAAGAAAAGCCAUAGUAGCACCAUCUGCCAUAUCCUGGAAAACAGGAGUGAUGCAAGGAGUGUGCAGAGUCCUGGAUGGUCUUCCUCACAGCCUGGGAUGAUGGGACUUGGAUCAGAGGUCCAAACCAUAAAUGACCAAUCAGCCAAUGAUCAUUCAGAGGGAAGAACUAAGAAUACAAACCAUGUUCUUGUCACUGAACAGUCCUCAGCAUCCUGGGGAGUGGGGGACACUAAGAUGUGUGUGAAGAGCAGCACUGCUGAGAAUGUUUCUUCAACUUGCUUUGUUCACCAGCAAGACAUGUGUAAAAUGGAAGAAUCAGGAACUGCCCUUCAGAGAAGCCACUCAGACCUAACCUGCAGCUGCAAACAGCAGGCUUAUGUCACUCACAUAGAAACCAGUGCUACUCACUCCAGCCUAAGCUCUUCUGGCUGCCGGCAUGGUCCACCAGUGGCUACAAUGUCUUUCCAAACUCAGAGAUAUGGAUCAGAAACAAAUCAAAAUACAUCUCACUAUCAAAACUUUGUGACUCAUCUUCCAGUCCUACCUAGAGACCAACAAGUACCCACAAAUACCUUUGACAGUGGCAGCAUUCCACGUAACACUACUGUUUACACAGAUCCUGGCACAUUUCACUCUGCUGUUCUAGGACCCCACAUGCCUGGAAAUGGUUUCCCAAACAGGACAACGUUCAGUCAAGCCCCUGGAAUUAUUCAUGGUGGUCUGACUUACGGUAAUAUUCCAAACUCUGCGUACUCCCCCAUGGUGAUGACAGUUCACAACAACUCAGCGGGGCCCUGCAGUCUCAGGCAGGAUGCCUUGAAGGCAGAUGCCACCAUCCCGGCCUAUUGCCACUCCUUGCCCAUCCCAUCCAUCCAGCUCAUCCCGCGAUUGGUGUGCUCUGUCAGUGAGACAGGAAAAGAGCAGGCAGCACCUGGCUACUUUCAUUCUUUUUCUGCUUCAGACAUUCUGACAUAUCCUAAGCUGGUGUCUUCAGUAAGUGAAUCGGGCCUGGAUGCCAAGAAAAUCCUGAAGUGCUGUAACGUUCCUGAAGAACAACUGCAACCUGCUCCGCAGGAGAGAGCUCCUCCAGAGGCCAAGGCUGCCCGUGUUGCUCUGAGCAGCCAGCAAGGUGCAGACAUGGCAGUGACAACUAAGGAUAUGUGGACUAUGACCUCCAUGAAUGACAUAACCAAGGGCCUGAAACCGGCUCUGGAGCGCAGAGAUGCCGAGGUACAAACUCUUCCAACCAUGGAAUGCAAAUCGGUGGCAACGAGCCCAGCAGCUGCAGCAGAAGGUCACUCGCAUGUGUUCCCAGAGGUGAACCUGGAGCAAGGCUUGGAGGCCCCCAGAUCUCCAGUUCGUGAAGUGAGAUGGGAUGAUGAAGGAAUGACGUGGGAAGUGUACGGGGCAUCUGUGGAUCCAGAAGUCCUCGGGGUAGCCAUUCAAAAACAUCUCGAGUUUCAAAUAGAACAGUUCCAGACAGAGCCUGCUGAGGCAGCUGGGAAAAGUAAUGAGGAGUCACCCGCUGAAAAAACUGGGAAAAAAAGGCCUUUCAGGACAAUGAUGCAUUCGCUGAGAUAUCCAAGCUGUUGCGCUCGCUCAAGUACUGCAGUGGAGUGAGCACAGCUGUAGGUGUAGGAUAGCUGUGCUGCUUUUAAACUGUACAUAAAUGCUGACUCUUAGGUGUGAACACAGUAUAUGUGGACAGCCCCCAUCAGGACAAAUGGGAAAAGUGGAGUGGUCAUCAAAUAUGCAUUAAAGCAAGGAGAAGUCCACAGCUGGACCAUAUAACAGAAAACAUAAUAUUAUACUUAAAUGAUGCCAUCCAAAUGCUCUUGACUGUAUUUAAUGUAGCACUGAUUCCUUCUACCUUAGUUUUAAGCUGUAUUGUAAGGAAUGGAACUUUUUUUAAAAUGAUACAUCUUUUUGAAAUAAUGAUGGCUUUUUUCUGUAUUUUAAUAAUUUAGGGUUAGAAAAAAUGCUUUAAUCAAAGUUAGCUUAAAUCACAUUCCGUUAAAUUGUUUUGGCAGCUGUUUUGCUGUCAAUUUAAUAAUCCUGAUAUAAGCCCACUUUAACUGUAGACAAAAUAACAAACUAGUGUAAUGUUUUAUGACAAAGAAUUGUAACUUUUUUUCUACAUUACUGUGAAGUAAUUUCAGUGUUGCUAGUCUGAACUCUUCCCUUAGCAAGCUCAUGUACGGUUGGAGAACACUCCAUCAACUUUCCAAUUAGUUUGUAGUUAUGAUGAAUUACACUCUAAACAUCCAGAACUUAUAUUUACCAAAUGAUUGACACAAAUGUACCGUGUUACCAAAGAUGACUGAUGCAAUGUGGAUUACUUACUGAAUGCUUGUUCUAGACACCUGAAAUGGAAGCUGUUCAGAUUAGUCUGUGGCACCACCAUACCCUAUAACUCACGAGCAGUUUUGGUUUGCUUAUAUUAAAAGUCAUUUCCAGUGAGUUCUUUUUAUCUGCAUCUAUCCUGAGCAGUGGUUAUUUGGCUCUUGCAUAAGCCACAGGGGACAGUUUGCAUGUAACCUUUGCCUGUCUUGUGUUCCCUCUCUAGUCUGACGUCAGGCGUCUGCUGAAAGUGAGACCUUGUGUCUUCCCCAAAGGACAGUCCUAAGGUUAUUCUGAGUGCCUUGGUCAUUUGGGCAGCUUAAAGAUUUAUUUUCUUCUAGAAACAACUUCACAAACAAGUUUUCAGUGAGAAACCUGUAAUUAUAGUGUAAAGCAGCCAUAGUGCAGGGCCUGUUUGAAGUAAAAGGUUUGUCAGGGAAGCUGAGAAUACUAUUUCUAGUGUCAUUUGUGCCUUUGGUGAAUUCCUAAGAUUCUUGGGGAAAUGAGAUGUGCAAUAUUUUUUUUUUAUGAGAGAAAAGAGAAACAUCCAUUUCUGUCUCAAAGGAAAAUUUGCAAUGUCUGAGAAUUUACUGCUGUGAAAUUACCAACUCUUACUUUAAAUGUGUGGAGUUGUGCUUUGUUGGUUUGGUUUGGUUUUUGUUCCAGUAAGUUAGCAGACUGAUGCCAUGAUGUUCACCUGACAUUUGCAUAUCAAGAGGAACCCUUGGUCAUUAGGACAGCUUUAAACUUUCACCUAUAAAAUCCUUAAAUGUGGGACCUCCUAGUUGGAAUGUCCUGUGAUGCAUUAAUUUAAUGAUGUAGAUUAGAUCAAGAUCAAAUUUUCACUCCUGGGCAAAGAGCUGGCUCCUGUGAAAUUCACCUGGUGUUCAGGAGGCUUUGUUUAGACCUUGGGACUUGGGCCUCAAAGAAGUCUGACCUCAAAAUGAGUUUUAUACAAACCAAGUGUGAAGCCCCUGGAAUAGAAUGCCUUACUCAGGAUGCCUCUGCAGCUGUGAGCAUCUAAGUUCUGCUAAUGAAUCUGAAUGUUAAAAUUCCUUUUAUUGAACCUUUAGUAGGAGGAAGGAAGUAAUGAGUAACUAAUUAAAACUAUUCUGCUGUUACUAAAGUUUAGCUAAGCAGUUUCUGUACAGGCUUAUUUUAUGCUCCAGAAUACUGAACAUUGAUUUUUUUUCCUUUCUUCAAACUUUACACUUUGAGAAUUUUAAGCAUUAUAGUGGUAUAAAACCUUGUGCUGUCUGUUAGCUUGUCCUCGGGUGUGCAGGAGAAUUCAAGAUUUGAAGAGUCAACCUAAAGCUUUAAAAUAGCAAGAGUACCUUCCUCCCAUGGCUGUUGUAAUCCAUACUUUAUUUGACAUGUGGAAAAACUGUAUUCUCCUUCCCACCCCUGCUGUUCCAAGCACCUCUCCAAAAUAAAGCCCCCAGCUGUAGAAGAUGAUAUGAUAAGAGCAGCAUCAAACUGGUCAAAAAGAGAGUUUGCAGCAGGGACUGGAAUAAUGCCAAAGUCCUUUGAAUUCUUUGUCUGUUGUGCUCCAAAACCUGGAACAAUUCUUGUAUUUCAUACAGUUCUGGUGUCAAUUACUUAUGGUUUGUGCACUGGUAUGACCUGCUACUACAGUCCUAAAUAUGAUUAUCAUUCCUGAAUGAGAAGAAUAAAUUACAAGUAAAGGCAAA